CCCAGCGGCGAGGAGGCAGGACCCAGUAAUAUGGGGACAGAACCCGCCCAGCCAUUAAUGGAGGAGCUGACUGAAGAAGAAGUGGCCUUCCUCAGAGACGGCAGCACAGCAGACACCCACAGUGGAGUACAGGAAGGGCUAGGAGCCAAGGAGGGUCAGAGUGAAGCGACCCCCAGCACCAGUGGAGGGGAGGCAAGGAGUUCCACACAGCAAGGGGCUCGUUUGUUGCACCCCAAACCAUCAACCUCAGGCCUGUCUAAGAGAGAGCGGCUGGAAAGGCAGAAAGCAGAGCUGAACACAUACAAGCGCAGCAGAAACCUGAGAGACAGACCAAGAAUCACUUACACAGAGGAGGAGGUCCCCAAAGAUGAUCACUACCUCUACUGUGAGGACUGCAAGUCUUUCUUCAUGGAGGAGUGUGAGGUCCAUGGUCCUCCCCUCUUCGUCCCUGACAUCCCUGCCCCUCUAGGAACCUCUGACAGGGCCAGACUCACCCUGCCGUCCGGCCUGGAGAUCCGAACAUCAAGCAUCCCUGAAGCAGGACUGGGGGUGUUCAACCAAGGAAACACUGUGCCUGCAGGAGCCCACUAUGGACCUUAUGAAGGAGAGCUCACAGACAAGGACCAAGCCAUGGAGAGUGGCUACUCCUGGAUGAUCUACAAGAGUAGACACUGGGACGACUACAUCGAUGCUGGGAGAGACACUCACUCCAACUGGAUGAGGUAUGUGAACUGUGCUCGUCGUGAAGAAGAACAGAAUCUGGUGUCCUUCCAGUACCAAGGAGGGAUUCUGUAUCGCUGCUGUAAGCCCAUAGCUGUUGGAGAGGAGCUGUUGGUUUGGUACGGAGAGGAGUACGCCAGAGACCUGGGCAUUGUCUUCGACUACCUCUGGGACAAAAAGAGCUCUGCUAAAGAUGUGAACACUGAGUUGUCCCAGGUCCAGAUCUUCUCGUGCUCUGGCUGUCCGUUUUCCUUCACCUCUCAGAUCUUCCUCCACAAGCACAUAAAGAGAUGUCACCAUGAUGAGUAUGUCAGACUGUUGAGGAGUGGAGAGAUCAGAUCAGAUAAUCUCAUGUCCUCCAGCAGCUCACAGCACCAUGGAAACACCUCACGUUCCUCCAACCCAGCUCCCACCAGGAAACCGAGGGAGACAGACAAGCCACGACCACACCGCUGCUCUCAGUGUGGGAAGAGUUUCACUGCAGGGGGUUGUCUCAGACAACACCAGCUCACUCACACAGGAGAGAAGCCGUUCCACUGCUCCCAGUGUGGGAAGAGUUUCACUGCAGGGGGUUGUCUCAGACAACACCAGCUCACUCACACAGGAGAGAAGCCGUUCCACUGCUCUCAGUGUGGGAAGAGUUUCACUACAGGGGGUAAUCUCAGAACACACCAGCUCACUCACACAGGAGAGAAGCCGUUUCACUGCUCCCAGUGUGGGAAGAGUUUCACUACAGGGGGUUGUCUCACCAGACACCAUCUCACUCACACAGGAGAGAAGCCGUUCCACUGCUCUCAGUGUGGGAAGAGUUUCACUACAGGGGGUAAUCUCAGAACACACCAGCUCACUCACACAGGAGAGAAGCCGUUCCACUGCUCCCAGUGUGGGAAGAGUUUCAUUACAGGGGGUUGUCUCACCAGACACCAUCUCACUCACACAGGAGAGAAGCCGUUCCACUGCUCUCAGUGUGGGAAGAGUUUCACUACAGGGGGUUGUCUCACCAGACACCAUCUCACUCACACAGGAGAGAAGCCGUUCCACUGCUCUCAGUGUGGGAAGAGUUUCACUACAGGGGGUAAUCUCAGACAACACCAGCUCAUUCACACAGGAGAGAAGCCGUUUCACUGCUCACAGUGUGGGAAGAGUUUCAAUAGAGGGAGUCAUCUCAGAACACACCAGCUCACUCACACAGGAGAGAAGCCGUUCCACUGCUCUCAGUGUGGGAAGAGCUUCAAUAGAGGGAUUAACCUCAGAACACACCAGCUCAUCCACACAGGAGAGAAGCCGUUUCACUGCUCACAGUGUGGGAAGAGUUUCACUCAGUCAGGACAUCUAAAGAGACACCAGUGUUGUAAAAAGUGUACGGAAGUGGAACUUUAGAUUCUCUUGACAUUGGGAGAGUGAUGUAAUAAAGUAUAAUGUUUCAUCAUGAAACAUGACUGAUGCGUCUUUAUAUAGACACUGUUGAACUAUUUGGAUAUAAAUUAGGAUAUUCAUAAAACUGUCAACACUUUUUUAAUUCUCUCAAAGUACUGUGUCAUUGUAAUACAAUUGA